CGAAAAAUAGGGUACUUGUUUUAAGAAACACAUUUUGUUAGCAUUUAUGGUAAAUGAGUUAUAUUUGUAUAGCGCUUUUCUACCUUCAAGGUACUCAAAGCGCUUUGACACUAUUUCCACAUUCACCCAUUCACACACUGAUGGCGGGAGCUGCCAUGCAAGGCCCUAACCACGACCCAUCAGGAGCAAGGGUGAAGUGUUUUGCUCAAGGACACAACGGACGUGACGAGGUGGGAAUUGAACCAGGAACCCUCAGGUUGCUGGCACGGCCACUCUCCCAACGGCGCCACGCCGUCCCCAUUUAGUGUUCAUUAUCUUGAAUUCAGUUUGUAUAUUCCACUGUUGCUUCAAAAUCAAUGUGAUCUACCACUGUAGGAUGAUCCAUUUCUAGCUGUGGUGGAGUCUGUUUCUGCUGUUGCACCCUCCUGACAAUAGGGGGAGCUAUAUUUUUUGCUGCUACAGUAUUUCCUACUAUGUAACCCUCUUUUUGGUUUUCUGGUUGUUGUGGUUUUUGUUUCUAUUACAGUGACAUUUAAAUUUCUCAAAUGUCUUAAAGCUCUUAGAAGUCCAAACUUAUUUUCCUUACAAUUAUAGAUACAUAUGCCUUGAAUGGUGACAAAUGCUGAAUAGAAUAAGCAUUACUGAAAGAGUCUCAACAAGCUAAAGGAAAACCACAAUGUGAAACAAAAUAGAAGAAAAGUCACCGGAAGCAACAGUGAACCAAAUUCAUCCUAAACGACAGUGAGGUUGAAUUGAGUGGAGGUGGACUCAAUGGCACUUACUCCACAAUCCAGCUCCAUUUCCACUGGGGCGACACCCAGCACCACCCCGGGUCAGAGCACGCCGUCAAUGGGCACAGAUACCCGAUGGAGAUGCACAUUGUGAGUCUAAAGAAAGGCCUGUCGGUGCAGCAGGCCAUCAACGAUUCAGCCGGGAUCGCCGUUCUUGGCUUCUUCAUAAAUGCCACUGAAGAUCCAAAUCUGUCGAUUCCUUGGAACACCUUGACCAAUUACCUCCUAAACGACACAGACACUGAAGUCAAUGUGACGCACAACAUAUCCAUUGAUGACCUGAUUGGCAACGUGGACCUCUCCAAAUUCUACCGUUACAUGGGCUCACUGACCACCCCUUCCUGUAAUGAAGCGGUGGCCUGGACAGUCUUUCAGGAGCCCAUCGCUGUUAACAGGAUUUUUGUGGAACAGUUUCCCUUGAGGACAAGCCUUGUUAAUGUGUACCGUCCAUCACAGGAACUCCAUGGACGCAAAGUAUUUUCCUCCGCUAGCAUUGUUCUUCCAUCUAGUCAUGAAUGGUGCUACGACGAUCACUGUGAGUUCAGUCCUUCCAAAUGGCACCUUCUACCCGACUCGCACUGCGAUGGCGAGCGCCAGUCGCCAGUCAACAUCGAGGCCCAAAAGGCCGUGGCGAAUGAACACCUCGACGGCUUCACUUUUACACAGUUUGAUGACAAACAUGUCAUCAAGUACAUCACAAACACAGGCCAUACAGUAAAGUGUGUCUUAAAUGAGGGGGCGUUGGAGGUGUCCGGGGGCGCCCUGGGUUACGUCUACUCUACUCUACAGUUCCACUUCCACUGGGGUUCCUCAUCACAAGACUCUAAGGGCUCAGAGCACACAGUGGAUUCCAAAAGAUUGCCAAUGGAGGUGCACGUUGUGAACAAGAGGAAGGAUUUAACCUUGGAAGAUGCAGUAAAUACCCCAAAUGGCCUUGCAGUGUUGGGAUUCUUUAUUGAGGCUGCUGCAUCUGACAGAAGUAGCAGCUCUUCCGAACAUGAUGACUCACAUGAUUCUUCUGAUGACUCUGUCUCGGAUUCGGCAACCAACGCCUGGAAAAAACUGAGCGGCUACAUGGCAGCAAUCCAAAGCGUUGGCUCAAAGGUAGAGGUCACUGAAGAGCUUUCCAUUGCCGAGCUGCUCGGCGAUGUGGACUUCACCUCUUACUACCGCUACAAUGGCUCAUUGACCACCCCUUCGUGUAAUGAAGCAGUGGUCUGGACCCUCUUUAAAAAGUCAAUCAAGGUGGACCAGAGCCAGUUGGCAAUGUUCCCCAACUGGACUGGCACUCGCGACGUGUUUCGACCAACGCAGGCUCUUCACGGCAGGACAAUCUACACCACGGCAGGAUGUGGUGGCCUGGCGCCCUCUGUGCUCUCUGCGCUGCUGCUCCAUUUGGUUAUUUCCUUCCUGCACUAGCACACCCGAGUAUAUUGCAUUAUCCAUCUUGCACUUUGCCUCGUUCUGAAUUAUUGCAAAACCUUAAGGAGGAGCCAUGCCGUGGAUUUUAUACAUUAUCUAUGCCAGGCAUGUUAUAUAAUCUUGUUGUUUCAGGAAACGGCAACUUGGAGAUGAAAUAGGAAAUCGUUGUGUUUGCACACUUAAUGGGUCAGCUAUAUAAACCGUAAGCUUACUGGAAACUUAUCAGUCUUAUCUGUAUGUAAUAAAACGAGCUCUUCAUGGAAUAAAGUGUACUGACCGCAACACAAUUGCAGUAAUUGUACAAAACUGUUACAGUCAAGUGCACAAAUUCAUCACAAGGUAUUCCACCAGGUGUCAUUCAGAUGUUUAUGAUGCCAUAUACUGUACGGUCCAGAUUAAUCACGUCUACAGCGAUAGUUGCAAUAGUUGUGGUGCUGCCGCUCUGAUUUGAGUUGGCCUAUUUCUGUGAACUUUUCCUGUUUACGUUCAAACGAGCUUUGUGCCAUUUUGGUGGUUUGUUCAGGUUCCAACACGCAUUUAAAUGGAGUGAUGUAUAUUUUCGAGCUAUGGCAGGGUGUCGUCCGCAGCUACGAGUUAAAAUACAACUUUAGAUCUAUGUUUCCCUGCAGCAUCCUAAAAGGAAGUAGCGUUAAAAAGAAAUGUACUGUAAAAUCCUUCAAAUCUUUAGAAGUUCACCUUUUGAACUAAGCAGUCUUGUUAUUUUGUCGUUGUAUUGUGUCCUACUUUUCACUUCCUCCAAUUUUUUUGUACAUUAGGGUAUUUCUAGUCCUUCAAUAGGGAAUGAUGCACCUGUGCACAAAUUCACACUUUGUUAGUGUGUGUUUUUUUCUUUCCUGUUUUUAAGCAUGACAAUCAUCUUUCCAUGUGUGAUUGACUCAAUGAAAUUAAACUUGAUUGUUCCAAA